AAAACUAGUGGAGCGCCUUCCCAGAAGAGUGGAGCUUAGAGCUUGUCAUAACAGCAAAGGGGAAUACAUCUGGAAUGGGAUGUUCAACAAGCGCAUGAUUGUAAUAGUCAAGCGUCCAAACACUUUUGGCGAUAUAAUCUACAUUCGACUAAAAGUCGUAAUUCCUGACAAAAAAACGCUCCCUCGACUCAGGCAAGUGACGUCAAAUCAAUAUGGCUGCUCACAGCAUGAACCGUAAACAAUGUAGCACCUCUUACCUUUACCUUUGACGGAGGUCGACGUUACGUCAUUCCGACAUCUCGUUUCUGAGAUGGAAAAAAGAGUUAACCCUAUCCCUUUACCUACCAGAGUGUUAAAAAAUAUGGAUAGCCCUGGAGUAGCACAUAAUACACAGUGGGGAUGCCAAUCAUUGGGUAAUACUAAUGAUGUUUCCUCUCACUAUGGAAAAGUCAUAAAUGAGGGGAAUUAUGGGGAAAGAUGGGAUGGAGACUUCCCUAAUUCUUGUCCACAAUCACUACAUCGCAAGGAGCCAGUUGCAAGGAUGCAAAGAAUUCUGCCUGAAGCUGCAUCAUCAUCAUCAUCAUCAACAUACACACAUAAGGCCUCAGAGGCCUUUUCUCCAGAUUGCCAGGAAAUUCCAGCCAGAACAACACCCGAUCCAAUAAAGUAUUCCAGUCCUGCAAUCUACCAGCAUUCUAGUAUAGAAAAUGUGAGUGAAGCUCCAGAGGAUUAUUUGGAAAGAAUAGAAUCAGUGACAAGCAACAUGUACAAUUCUGUGAAUCAGUUUGCUGCUGCACAACAACAGGACCUGAAAAGAGACACCCCUUCCAGCUGGACAUCUGUGAUCAAAGAGGCUUUAGAGAUGAGUAACGGGAUGGAGUUGGAGCAGGAUCGAUUAGCAGACAUGUGUGGAAUCCCACUGAUUUAUGAUCCUCCAACUGAGUCAAGAGCUGUGGAAUUUGUAAAGAGCCAUUGUGAUCCUGUAGAUAAUGAGUCAUAUGUCCAAGAAAAAAGAGAAGUGACUAAAGCACAAGAGCCAACUGUUAUUAUUUUAUCAGAUAACACUAAGAGGUCUCCCUUUAAACCAAAUCAAGAUUUCCAACAGAGGACAGUUAUCCAAUACUCCGAUCCCCUAAUUGAUGGCUCAUCAGUGAAUGACCACAUACUCGGUGAGACCAGUUGCAGGAUACUUAAGCGGUGCUCAUCAGUGGGAUUUUGUGAUGCCACCAAGGUUUGCUCUCCAGCACAGAGUAAAACUACAAAGGAGACAGAGGUUUCAUAUUUUACCAAAAGACUCUGUUUGUCAGAUGAGUUAGAUCCAGUCAGAGCUAACAUGCACGAGCAGUUUACAAAUUUAAAUGAACACACUCACUGUGCAUCAAACAGUACUGGAAAUGAAAAGGUUACAUCAGUUACAAGACAAGUUCAACAUAGUUCUCAUAGAACAUAUAAAGAGCAUGCACAGUCUUGUAAAAAUGUCAACACUGGGAAGUGUAUGGAUAGCCAAACUAAGAGCUGUACAAACAAUAAUGCAACUCUACAAGGACAAUUAAGUAUAGAUAGUUAUCAUUUGAAGUUUGAGACUAUCUCUGCUGAACCAAGUUCUGUAUAUUCAAGUACCUCUGACAGUAAACAAGACGCCCUUGAACAUAACCUUCAAAAAGAGAAUGCUCCAACUCUGACACUCAGCGCUAUGGAGGAUUUUCAAGCACCAAUGGAAAUAUCAAGGACGUGGAUAGAGAGUGAAGAGUCUAAUCUACCAUCCAAAAAAGAGGACUCCAUUAACAAAUCAAAUGCUAAAUGCACACCACAAGAGCCAGACGUCCUAACCAUUGCUGCUCAAAGUUCUUGCAAAGUGGUGAGAAAAAAAGAAAAUGGAGGGGCACAUAUUUUGGAUGACACACCUACCUGUAGUCAAAGUCACUUUUCAUGUGAGCUCUCAUCAUCAGAUACAAAUAAUACCUUACUGAUGAUAAAUAACACUGACAAGGAGACAGAUAGUGGCCAAAUCAUUACUCAGAAUAUUAGGAAUGUUGGAGCAGUUGGUGAUGAUACUACUGCUCAUUAUAUUUCCCAGGGACAGUCUUUGACUGUUAGCACAAACCCUGAGACAGGAGUGAGCAUUUUCAGCUUAGAGAAUAUAAGUAAAGAGAGAAAGUCUGAAGUAAACAUUGGGAAUCCACAAACAUCCACUGAUUUCCUUGAGAAAGAAACAACCGAAGUAGAACCAUACAAAGACCAUUCCACUCUCUUCGUGAAGCAUGAAUUUAAAAUCGAUACCAAUUGUAAGUCUUCCUGUGUUGAUCUCAGUACUCCUGUUAAAAUGAAAAAAAGAGUUGGGUGUUCCUUUAAAAAAAGAAAGCUACUGACAAUGGCCAAAGUGUUUUCAACAAUUCAGGAACCUUCCAAAAACAUAACUGCUCACUCUGGGAAAUUUUCUAGAGAUUUGAAAAAGAUCAAAAGUAAGGCAGAAAAAAUACAAUCACCACCUAUGAACAGAAGAAAAUCACGCUGUACUGCCAUCACUGCCACAAAACUUUUACAGAACAGUCAUGCAGAAACAAAAGAGCAUAGACGUAGGAAAAGCUGGAAAGUCAAACAUCCAGCUUUAGUUACUGACUGUGGACAGAAUCAAUAUGUGAAGUCAAGUAAAAUGUCCACACACCACAUUGGCCAGGUGUUCAAGGUGUCUUCAGAUCCACAACCAAAUAAUUUUCAGGAGGGGUCAAGCAAACCUGACAGAUUAUUGGGUUGUUUUGAAGAACAAUUAAACACUGAAAUACAUAAUGAGAAGCAUGACAGUGCAAAUGAUUUCCAUUCAAAUACACUACUGAAAACACCUUCCGAGUCACAAAACAAAGAUGCAAAUGUGACAGAAAGCAGAAAACAAACAUUAUCGGAUAAAAGGAACAAAGAGAAAGCUCAUAGCCCUCAGCUAAAUGGUGAUGCAGGAUUUGAGUCGUCUCUGCAGUCUACUAUUAAUAGAACAGGAUUCCAUUCCUGCAUUACCAAUGCAUUUUACAAAAAGGUAAAGGACGAAAGGUCAAGAAAUCCCUUAAUGGGUGUAAGUGCGAAGGCAUCUGAUCAACAUCCGGGGGAAUUAUCAGAAAAGGAUGUUGGUGAUAAAAAUUCUCUAUGUGACUCAAAUGCAAUUUCACUUAAACAUUCCCCAAUUCAGAAAGUAAACAGAUGUACACAGUAUUGUGAUGAGGACUAUGCGACCACACUAAAUAAGGGGACACAUAAAGUAGCUGAUGCUGUUAAGAGUACAAAAAUAGCAACGAAAUAUAUCAAUUGUAAGUACUGUCGUCGAUCCUUCCGUCAUAUCUCUGCAUAUACCGUUCAUCAGCGUAUUCAUACAGCUGAAAAACCUUACAGGUGUGAAUUCUGUGGCAAGAACUUUGCUCAGCUGUCCAAACUCAAAUCCCACAGAAAUGUCCAUGUCCAGUCUGUGUCUUUGCCAUGCCCAUGCUGCAGAAAAAAAUUCUCGGAAAAAAGGGAUUUGAUAGCUCAUUUUACAACCCACGUAAAGGGCUCCAAGCAAAAUAAUGAACCAGCCCAACAAGAACGCAAAUCUGAUGCCCCAUUAUGGGACCCAACAAGUAGCAAGAGCAUAAUUUGCAACUUUUAUAACAACAAAUUUCCCAGCGGAUAUAUGCAGAAAAUUCAUAAACAAGACCGGGAAAAUCUUACAUCAUGCAAGACCUGUGGAAAAGAAUUCUGGACAUCUUCACAGCUAGUUGUCCAUGAGAGGACCCACUGGCCAGUUAAACCUUAUGCCUGCUCCAUUUGCGCCAAAAGUUUUAAUCAGAUCAAGGCUCUGAAAAAGCAUUCUCAAAAGCACACAGGGGAAAGCCCUUUCUCUUGUUCUUACUGUGGUUGUGCAUUCUGUGAUCUUCCUGCACUGCGGCUGCAUCAAAUAUCCAAACUAUGCAAUCAGAAACAGAGUUUAAACAGAGAGAAUUGCUGUACUGAGGGCUUUCUAGUCACUCAUGGAGUCGAAGGUCAAGUAAAUACACCAAUGUUCUUCAAGUGCCAAAUAUGCAAACAGCUCUAUCAGAAGUGGUGUCAGUAUACUCUUCACCUUCAAACCCACGCAAAGUGUCCGUCCUAUCUUUGUUCUGCUUGUGGGCAGAGCUAUGAAAAGGAUUCUGAAGUCAAUGUUCAUUGUAGGGAAUGUUGUCAGACAAGUGGGGAGGAGGUGGCUUGUGGUUCCUCACUUUCUGAGAUCUUGCAUAGUGGCCCCAGAAAAUGCACUUGCUUGAAGGAUAGUUCAUCAACUGACCUGUAUUCUAUAGAGACUUCCAAAAGCAGUUCUCUGUCUAAUUCUAGCCAGUUUCAUAAGAAUUCCCAAAUUUGGAGUAAUCUGCAGACAGAACACCUUAUGCCUGAGUCCUCUCAGUUUGUAAAGGCUUCACAUUUGCCUGAAACUGUGCAACUGUCUAAUGACGAUCAGCUAACCCCAUCAACCACACCUUCUGUUAUGACUCGUGCGUCCUUGAAAGAGUCUUUGGAAUGUGUUGAAAUAUCACCAAGUCGCUGGAGGUUUAAGUGCCCACGUUGUGGUCAGAGGUAUAAGCGAUACAGAACUUUGUGCCUUCACAUGCAGACACAUGCCCCUGCUUUUAGAUACGUGUGUGGAUGUUGUGGCCACUCCUUUGAAAGGUGGAACAAACUGUGGUUGCACCAGCGGAUUCAUCAUCGAAAAGGCCGUUGCUAUACUUGUUCACAGUGCAACGUCCAAUUUCACUUCUUUAGUUCAUAUAAAAUGCACCUGCUGAACCAUACUGAGGAAAGACCCUACGCUUGUCCCCUUUGCCCCCAAACAUUUGUCCAUGAAGAAGGCUUGCGUGUUCACCAGUGCAAUUUUCACCAACCAGCAAAAAAAUUGCGGUGUGAUGUUUGUGACAAGCGCUUCAGUAAUUUGGCUAAUUUGGUUAAGCACAGUCUCCUUCACAAUGGUGCCAUUUCUCACCAGUGCCUUCCAUGCAAUCUCUCCUUUGCAAAUAACAAGGGCCUACAGGAACAUUUGAAUAUUCAUCAUAAUACUGCCAGCCUCCUCCCUUGCAUCCCAUCUGAGCCUUUAACAUUUCUACACAAAUGCAGUAGAUGUAAGAGCAGCUUCUCAACUGGGGAUCUACUCUAUGCUCAUCAGAUAUGUCAUGCCAGAGAUUUAAAGUGUCAAGUGCGCUAUACCCAAAGCAUUGAAUCUACCUCAGUUGGCCCUGGAGGCACACGGUCUUCUUUUAGCAGGUCUCUGCUAUCAACUCUCGACCUUGAUGCCAUUCCAAAGGAGAGCCUUUUUAAAUACCCCCACCCAGAUAAGCUCUAUGUGCCACCUCGCCUUUUAAGAAUGUCAAAAAGUAUCCCAAUCAUUAAUCUAGAUUCAGGUGAUGAGGAGCCACAGGAAGCCAGUGUUUCUCCAAACAAUAGAACUGGACCUUCUGGACAAAAAAUUCUAGAGAGUUCUCAUGAAUAUUCUGAAACUGAGUUGGUGCAGCAACCUCAGGCUUUGGAAAGCCAAAAAUCUAUUCAGUCUCAGAAUCCCGAAGAGGUUCCAGUGUUGGAUACAGUAACCGAUAAUCUCCAGGACAAAGCUAGUCAUGAUAUUCCGACCAAGACAGUUGAGUUUGUUGAAACGAGUGUAUUCUUGGAAGGACCAGCCACCACUGUGAACGCUGCUGAAAAUGAAAUACAGGACGAGAUCUUUGAAUGUGCAGACUGCUCUGAAAAAUUAGGCAGUCUUAUAGGCUUAUACGAACACUACUUUCUACAUGCAUUAGGGAAUACACACCGUUACACAUUUCUCUGAAAGAGGACUCUUCCAUUAACUUUAAUGAAGAAUUGGAACAAGCAUAUUGGACAGACUCACAAAAUAAGCUUCUGUAUAUAUAUAUUUUUUAAAAUAGUUGCAGUAUUAUGAAGAGAAAAAAAAAACAAAGAAUGUGAAUGUUAAUAGGAUGUUACACAGGUGUUCCACACACCAAGAAAGUCAUGUAAUUUUGCAAAAGGCUGUUUUAUUUUUUUAACUCAUCAGACACAGUACAGUUAUAGAUACAAGUUGUUUCCCCUUGCUGCUCCUGUGCCUUAUUUUCAUAAGGUCACAACUUCAACAGCCCGAAUUUGUGCCUUCUCAUGUGUUAACCUUUGUUGUUUCAUUUAUGGGUAUCUGUCAUAAAGUGAUCAGAUUGUUUACAAACUGGUGUACAUCUUGUCAUCCUGUAUGCCAGAACUGUUAUUCUCUACAGGGAUAUGUAGACCUGCACUGGAAAUAUUAUUAGAAAAAAAUUCUAUCUUGUAUUUGGUAGUUUUUUUAUGCAUUAUAUGGUUGAAUACUGUAUCAGUAAAAAGUGACCAUGUCUGUUUGUUUAAAGAUACAUGAAUGGAAGCUAAUUGGUUCAUUUAUGGUAAAUACAUUUCAUGAGCAUUUUGUUGAAAAUCCUUUAAAGUAGAGUCUUUUGCAGUGAAACUUUUAAAAACGUUCAAUAAAACUACUUAAAAGUAAGCACUGUGUGGCUGUGUUAAAUCAACAGGAAAGAAAAACCGGCAGG